AUGGACUCCAAUAGUGGCCUCCAACCAUCAUACCGGGGUUUCGUCGAAACUGCCGGUGAUGCCCAAAGCCUGAUUGAAGCUUGUCUUCGUGGUAGUUUGCCACUCAUCCGCAGCCGACCUGUGACAUCCGAACGACCUACCCUUGUGCAAAGCGGCCACAUAUUCAUCUUCGAGGAGGCUGCAUCCGGCAUCAAGCGUUGGACAGAUGGAAAACGGUGGACCCCGAGCCGCGCUCUGGAUGGUUUCCUCGUCUAUGGAGAGUUACAGCCAGCAGGCAGACAAUCACGCAUAAUAAAGACUGGCAACCAGUCAGUGCUGGUUAACGAAGGCCUGGAAGGUCGAUACGACCAACUCUAUGGUCCACUGGCCAAAUCUUUCAAUACCCAUCCUGAAGAUUUGGUGAAGAAGACGAUACGCUUGAAAUACUUGAACCACACCUGGCACGUGGUCUCUUACUACCGACCGGUGGAAGUCCUCGAGGAUCGCUUGAAGAGGCCGUUCAUUGAUCAAGACAACCAAGAAAACCAGGACAUUGUGCAAAUGCUUCACGUUGACGGAAGCCAUUUGCCGUUGGGGGACCUAUCCUUGAGCUACCGGACUGGAGAGCACAGUGGACCGUCCAGAUUGUGCCCCUGGAACACUGGGGCAUCGGCCUUGACUGAGAAUGGAGCAGAUUGUGCUGCAUGCACCGGGCUUGAACCCGACCAUUGCAAUGUCCAACAGAAUUUGCUUCCAGAUCCUGGAGUUUGGGACAUGGAAGUCAUGCCUGACUCAAUAAUGGCUAAUGAGACACAUCAGCAGGGCCUCAACCUGGAAUCUUCAUGGCCGGUAGUGCCGCGAGAUUUUGAGGGCCGGAGAGAGCUAUGA